AUGGAUUACAAGGCUGUAGGUAAAAGGAAACAGCAGCAUAGUUUGAAUUUACUGGAUCAAAUAAAAUAUAUGAAAGAUUUAACUGAAAUGAUUGAUGUGGUCUUAGUGGCUGAAGAAAAAAAAUUCCCUUGCCACAAAUUGAUCCUGGCUGCUUUUAGCCCCUAUUUCAAAGCAAUGUUUACUUGUGGGUUGAUGGAAUGUGCACAGAGAGAAGUUGUGCUACAUGACAUAGCAGCUGAAAGUGUAUCUGUCCUCCUGCACUACAUGUACACCUCUGAAUUGCAUCUCACCAAUUGUAAUGUUCAAAAUGUGGCCAUUGCUGCCUUUUUUACGCAGAUGGAAGAUGUGUUUAGUCAAUGUCAAACCUACAUGAUGGAUCACAUUGAAGCUUCCAACUCUAUAGGGAUCUAUUAUUUUGCAAAACACAUUGGAGCAGAAGAACUAUCAGAACGGGCCAGGAAAUAUUUGUAUCAGCACUUUACUGAGGUGAGCCAGCAAGAAGAAAUAUUAGAGGUAGAAGCUCAACAACUGCUAAGCCUGAUCAGAUCUGACGAUCUGAAUGUAUCCAGAGAAGAGAGCAUCUUGGACUUAGUCCUCAGAUGGGUUAACCACAGUCGGAAGUUGCGUGCAGAUCACCUCAUUGAGCUCCUGAAGCAAGUAAGGCUGGUACUUGUAAGUCCUUCAUUCCUAGUGGAAGCUCGGAAAAGGAACACGGUGCUUCUGAGUAAUUCCAAGUGUUUUGAGAUGAUUGAGGGAGCCUUAGAAACAAUUAAAAAAUCCAAUCAACCUUCCCUCAGCCUUCGGUAUGGCAUGGAGGCCACUACACUUCUCCUUUGCAUUGGCAAUAACUCAGGGGGGAUCCGUUCAAGGAAAGGUAAUUAUGCCGAGGCCAGCUUCUGUUACGCACCUCUAACGCAAAAGACCUACUUCAUUUCCUCUCCAAAAUAUGCAGAAGGCAUUGGCAGUAUAUACACCGGUGUGGUUACUGAGAAUAACAGUAUUGUUGUUGCAGGGGAGGCAAGUGCUACCAAGAUGUCUAGACAAAAGAUCAAGAAGAUUGAAAUUUAUAGGUAUGAAGGUCAUGGAAAUCGAUUUUGGGAAAGCCUGUGCACAGCGCAGUUUCGUGAAUUGUAUGCUUUAGGCACCAUCCAUUGUGAUUUGUACAUCCUAGGAGGUCAAAUGAAACUGAAAAACCAAUAUCAAAUUACCAAUAUUGUGGAGAAAUACUCCAUGGAGCAGGAGAACUGGAGAACUUUGGCCCCGCUCCCAGUGCCGUUGGCUUGCCAUGCAGUUGUUACUGUGAAAAACAGGCUGUAUGUCAUCGGAGGGUGGACCCCACAGAUGGAUCUUCCUGAUGAUGAGCCUGAUCGAUUAAGCAACCGAACAUUGCAGUAUAACCCAAGCCAAGACAAAUGGACAGAGUGUGCACCGAUGAAGUAUUCGAAAUACCGCUUCAGCACAGCUGUAGUCAACCAUGAGAUUUAUGUCCUGGGUGGAAUUGGCUGCCUUGAUCGUGACAGAGGGCAAGCACGGCAAUGCCUUGAUGUCGUGGAGAUCUAUAACACUGAUAGGAACUACUGGCGAGAAGGACCACCUAUGCCUUACCCUCUUCUUUCCCUAAGAACCAACUCUACCUGUGCUGGUGCUGUGGAAGGAAAACUCUAUGUCUGUGGAGGAUUUCAUGGAACAGCUCGGCAUGAAGUUAUCACCAAAGAGAUCCUAGUGCUGGACACUUGGGAAAAUCAUUGGAAUGUUGCUUCAACUAAAGCCCUCAUGCAUGACAGCUAUGAUGUCUGUCUCGUUGCUCAGCUGAACACAAGAGAUCUCAUCCCUCCUCCUUCUGAUUUGAUGGAACAAUAGGUGUGCAAUUUUAAUGGGGAAUAAGUAAGCCAGCUGAAUGGAACAGAAAUAUGUUGGUAUGUGGCAAU